GCUGUCAGCCGGCGGCUGACGCAGGGCGCUUCCUCCCGGGGAUGAAGACCCCGGCGGCGGGCAGCCACCAGCCGCCGCGCCCGGCGCCGCUCGGGGCAGGCGGGGACCCUCCGCGCCCGCGGUAGGGUGUCCCUCCCCUUUUCCUUCCCUUCCGCGCCCCGGAGCCCCCAGCAUGGAGCGCCCUCUCAACCUCAGCUGCUUUGCCGAUACGACGCCGGACACCGGCAACCGGAGCGGGAACUCCGCCGGUCCGGACGGGGACCGGGCGCACCUCUCCGUCUUCAGCGUGUUGGUCCUCACCCUGUUGGCCAUGCUGGUGGUGGCCACGUUCCUCUGGAACGGGCUGGUCCUGGCCACCAUCCUCCGGGUGCGCACUUUCCACCGGGUGCCCCACAACCUGGUGGCCUCCAUGGCCGUCUCCGACGUGAUGGUGGCAGCCCUGGUCAUGCCCCUCAGCUUGGUGCAUGAGUUGUCGGGGCGGCGAUGGCGGCUGGGCCGGUUGCUCUGCCAAGUGUGGAUUUCCUUCGACGUGCUGUGCUGCACCGCCAGCAUCUGGAAUGUCACAGCCAUUGCCCUUGACCGCUACUGGUCCAUCACUCGCCAUCUGGAGUACACGCUCCGCACCCGGCGCCGCAUCUCCAAUGUCAUGAUUGCCCUCACCUGGGCACUUUCUGCCUUCAUCUCCUUGGCCCCACUGCUCUUUGGCUGGGGAGAGACUUACUCGGAGAACAAUGAGGAGUGCCAGGUCAGCCAGGAGCCUUCCUACACCAUCUUCUCCACUUUUGGCGCCUUCUACCUGCCCCUCUGUGUAGUGCUUUUUGUGUACUGGAAGAUCUACAAGGCCGCAAAGUUUCGAAUUGGGUCUCGGAAGAACAACUCUAUCACCCCCAUUACACGAGAAGGCCUGGAGGUAAAAGACGCUGCCCAGCAGCCGCAGAUGGUCUUCACUGUCCGUCAUGCCACCGUUACGUUCCAGACGGAGGGAGACACGUGGAGAGAGCAGAAGGAAAAGAAAGCUGCCCUCAUGGUGGGCAUCCUUAUUGGGGUCUUUGUGCUCUGCUGGAUCCCCUUCUUCAUCACGGAGCUCAUCAACCCUCUCUGCUCUUGUGACAUCCCACCCAUUUGGAAGAGUAUUUUUCUAUGGCUAGGCUAUUCAAAUUCCUUUUUUAAUCCACUCAUCUAUACUGCUUUCAACAAAAACUACAACAAUGCCUUCAGGAACCUAUUCUUUAGGCAGCACUGAGAAGAAAAAGCUUUCCUGCUGUCCCAGGAAGAUCAUUUCAACUCUCAAUGAAUCCUAUCAAAUUCUUGAGGAAGAUCAAAGCCACAGAUACUGAGGUGAUUCUAUAGAUGCAUCCCCAUGGGUCAUACAGUCCUGGUUCCUACGCAGACUCUCCAUCCCCCCGCUAAGUCAGCUGCUAUUUUAACUGCAAACAGCAUGUAGAGUUUCUCUGGCCAGCAGCAUGGCAUUCUCCCUCCAGUGCCCUUUCCUAAUGACGUUCUGUUUGGUGACUGUAACCAUGCAGAGGAGUCUGCUGGCAAGGAGUCGUAUUUGAAACUCUGGUUUGGCUGCUGCCGGUCUCUCACAGCAUUAACGACUUUGUCCCAUGUGCAAAGCUGGGACCCUUUAAUGUCAGGAGAUUUUGUGAUUAUCUAUAAAACUAGGUAUUUUAUGGGUUGGAUGAAAAGACUCUCUUUCACUUUUAGAGAUUGUUAAGUGUUUGUUUGGGGGAAUAAAACCCUCAGUAAUGGUUAAGAGCCGACUCUCAGUACAAAGCCUUUUCUCACAUGCUAUAUCAACAGCGAAUUGUGCUAUUUGCUAUCGGUAUUCUGUGUAGCAAGUUGGGGUCUUUUAAAUUAUUUAUUAUGGAAGCUUAAUGCAUGGUGUACCCUGGAAUGAGAGAGAAUGCAUGGGAAAUCCAACUCUCAUUCUCUGACUGCUACGUGUGAGCAUCUGCCUCAGACCUUUACUUUCAGAAAUACCAGCCGUAAAUGUUAAUAUUUGUGUCUGUUGCUUCCCAUUUUAAACCAUAAAUGUAUUUUGAGCAGCUUUGGGGCAAGUUUCCUGUAAUUGAAGGGGAUGCAGGGGGUGUAUUUCCAAUUGCCUGUCAAUGAGGGGCUGCGGUUUAUUAUUUCUGAGUGCAAUUCAGGUCUUCUUGAAACCAAAGGCUCCAGUCCUGCAUGGUCAUUAUUGCUCUGUUGCCUCUCUGCCUUUCCAUGUUGCCAACAUAAUUAUAAUAGUUGCCAUUUCACUCUUGGAAUUAGAAUUAUGCACUCUAUGCUGCACUGCUGGAAGACUAACAGGCCUUCAGAUAAAGAAAAGCAUUAGUUUUAGCUGUCGGUUCUACGGGGCAGCCACUGAAAUCAGACCAGAACUGAAGUGGUGGAGAAAAACAUGAGACGGGAGUCGGAAUGACAUGAUUUCGUGUCAGAUACCUUAAGAAGAGAUAAAAGAGAAAAAUGUCAAUAAAUCAUGGGAAAAACUCCCUGGGGUGGGUAGGAUUAGUUUCUAUCCUUAGCAGAUUGCGAGACAUCAGAUGUUAAAAUUGUCAGCAGUCCUUUAAACCAGUCAAAAGUCCUGGUAGAGCUGAUAAUGAAAGCCCUUUUUCUUUUCAUAUCUCAGGACAGGUGAAAAUGGAAGCAGAUCUCAAGGUGCUAUCAAGUGUUGAGGCUCUUUCAGGAGCAGUUAGACAAACAUUCAUCAGGACUGACAUAGAUGUAGCUGAUCCUGCCUUAUGGCAAGAGGAGAAACAGGGUGGCCCCUGAGAUCUUUUUCAACACUAUUUGAUAAAGGUCUGUUUGAAAUACUGGGUAAAAUCCUGCUCUCAAUGAAAGCAAUGGACAAAUUCUCAGUGAUUUCAAAUAAGUCAGAAUCUUAUCUAGCAUGUCUUGUCUUGUCAAAGUAUAGUUUUAAUGUUAAUUCAAAGAGAAGAAGGGUGGGAUGGGAGCAAUCUUCGAACUCCCCUGAAAGAGUUUCUGAUCUGCUCUAACUGAGAACCAAUUGGUAGAGGUUUCUUUGUUACAUAUUUUAAAGCCUUAUUAGUGACAUCUCUGACGUACCAAAAAUUGUAAUAAACCCUUUUUUUUUUUUUACUGGGGAUAUAAAGGUUUGCUUUCUGUGCACAGUCCAUUGCCAAUACAGAGUUGUUCUUUUCAGUAACUUACCACUUGUCUUGUGUUAAGGGUUGUUUAGACAAAAAAGAAUGAGAAAAAUGCUUCCUUGUCCAAGCCAGACCCUGAGCUAAGCUUGGUGGUGUCUGAAGGUUGGACACUACUUGUUAAGCCGUCACAGCAACACUUAUACUAAAUCAUGGAUUAACUGUGAAGCUGGACUUUAGCUCACCAUUUUCACUCAUAGCAUCAUGGCUAUACAACCCUGUUUCAGACUCAGCUGUGUCCAUCCCCGUUUUUAUUUGCUGUUUGUGAGUACUGCAGAUUUUCUAUCUAUCUGUGUUGUGUGGGAUCCUCACAUAGGCUGUGGGAUCAACUGCAAACUCAAAUCAGUGUCCUGUGUAAGGAGACAAAAAUUAAACUGAAAUUGAUGGGUAAGAUCCUCACUUUUGCAGCAGCUCAGUGCUGGGAUGGAGCUGUCUUUCGUUACGCCCUGUGUUUCUUCAUGCUAUGCCUUAAGCAGUGGAAGGAAGACAAGAG